ACUUACGUAUCGCACACAUCAUAGUGCCAGGGGUCCAGGGUUGCCCAACCUAAUUCGUAAUCCUAUUUCUGGAUAUUCCGAGAAGUUCGCAAUUCUAGUAGCUCAAGAUUCUUCCCCAAUUUACUCAAUCUUUUUCCAUAUCAAUGGAUUCGUGACGACGAAGUAGAUUGAAUUGACAACAUCGUCCCGAUUCUGUUUGUGUUUGCUCAAUGGCUGCUACUUCAGAAACUGUUCUUCAAGUUCUAUGUAAUGCUGGGCCUAGCAAAUCCCAUACCAGAUUAUCCUCCAACAAGUCAAAUUUCUUGGGUUUAUCUAAACAUGGCUUCAAUUCUGUAAGGGCAAAAGGGUCUAGUUGCACCAAAAUAGAAAGUUCAAGGCAUAAAAACCACAGGAGGAUCUGUGCAUUUCAUAUUGUUGACCCUGUUCACCAUGGAUCAAAUCAUAAUGAUCGAUUUAGGUCUUUGAGCUGUAAAUGCCAAAAAAGUGACAGUGUUACUGAUGUGGUUAAUGAAGAACUAAACAGGAAGAUUAAUGGAAAGAUAGAUCCUCUUCUCGAUGGCAAUUUGGGUACAAAUGGAAAUGGAGCUUUUAGCAGCGUAUUACCAAAUGCUGACAUAGACUCCAAAGAGGAGGAAGCAUGGGAGUUAUUAAGAGCUUCCAUGGUUUAUUAUUGUGGUAAUCCAGUUGGAACUAUUGCUGCUAAUGAUCCAAGCGACUCUUCCAUUCUCAACUAUGAUCAAGUCUUCAUACGUGAUUUCAUCCCAUCUGGGAUUGCUUUUCUUUUGAAAGGAGAGUAUGAUAUUGUUCGCAACUUCAUCUUACACACCCUUCAGUUACAGAGUUGGGAGAAAACUGUGGAUUGUCAUAGUCCUGGACAAGGAUUAAUGCCUGCAAGCUUUAAGGUACGUACAGUUCCACUUGAUGGUGAUGAUUCUGCAACUGAAGAUAUUUUAGAUCCUGAUUUUGGUGAAGCAGCCAUUGGUCGAGUUGCACCAGUUGACUCUGGGUUGUGGUGGAUCAUAUUGUUGAGAGCAUAUGGGAAAUGCACAGGGGAUCUUUCUGUUCAAGAAAGGAUUGAUGUGCAAACUGGAAUUAAGAUGAUUUUGAAGCUUUGUCUUGCUGAUGGUUUUGACAUGUUUCCAACUCUUUUAGUGACUGAUGGAUCAUGUAUGAUAGAUAGGCGUAUGGGAAUUCAUGGACACCCUUUGGAAAUUCAGGCGUUAUUCUACUCAGCCUUACUUUCAGCAAGGGAGAUGCUUACACGUGAAGAUGCAUCAGCAGAUUUAAUGACAGCAUUAAGCAAUCGUCUUGUUGCAUUAUCAUUUCAUGUGAGAGAAUAUUAUUGGGUUGAUAUGAAAAAGCUUAAUGAAAUCUACAGAUACAAAACAGAAGAGUAUUCGUAUGAUGCAGUUAACAAAUUCAACAUUUAUCCAGAUCAAAUUCCACCAUGGUUAGUUGAAUGGAUGCCAAAUAAAGGAGGGUAUAUGAUUGGAAACUUGCAGCCAGCUCAUAUGGAUUUUAGGUUUUUUUCUCUUGGGAAUUUAUGGUCGAUUGUGAGUAGUCUUGCAACAAGUGAACAAUCACAUGCGAUUUUGGAUCUUUAUGAAGCUAAAUGGGGACAACUUGUUGGUGAUAUGCCAUUGAAGAUUUGUUAUCCAGCUCUUGAAGAGCAAGAAUGGAGGAUUAUUACUGGAAGUGAUCCAAAAAACACGCCUUGGUCUUACCACAAUGGAGGUUCUUGGCCAACUUUACUUUGGCAGCUGACUGUGGCAAGCAUAAAGAUGAAUAGGCCUGAAAUUGCUGAAAACGCAGUAAAAGUUGCUGAAAGACGAAUUGCAAAAGACAAAUGGCCCGAAUAUUAUGACACCAAAAGAGGAAGAUUUAUCGGGAAACAAGCACGCCUUUUUCAAACAUGGUCAAUUGCAGGAUACAUUGUUGCAAAACAACUACUUGCAAAUCCAGAUGCUGCAAAGAUGCUAGUGAAUAUUGAGGAUAUGGAACUUGUUAAUGCGUUUUCUUGCAUGCUUAGUGCGAAUCCAAGGAGAAAAAGAUCACGAAAAGGUCUCAAUCAAAGCUUCAUAAUCUAAACCGGAAUGGAAUCAGAAUAGUAAUUUGUUAUGGUAAUGGAGUUGGAGUUGGAGUUGGACCUUAUAGUGGUAGUGUUUUGAGGUUGAUGAAAGGAAUGAGGCAUGGUAGGGAAUAGGGAUGGGGUAAUGGAAUAAGGAAGGUAACGGAAUAAGGCAUUACAUUCCAUGAUUAUGUUUUGUUUGCUUAUAGGAAUUUCGGAUGGUGUUUUUUUAUUAUAUAUGUAAAUACAAUAUAUAAUUUUGCAAAA